CCGCUCAGGGAGCCUGAAACGACGGGUGCAGUCAUGGAGGCGACUCCCGGAGACGCUUUAUUUACAUCCGACCAAACGCUUAUAAGUUAGAGACGAGCCGAUGCGUGUGUCUGCCUCUACUUUCACCGACCCCUCCUCCUCCUCCUCCUCCUCCUCCUCCUCCGCUGGCAGAAAUUUAUAAAGAACAAAAAAUCCUCCGCGGGAGGAGGGAGGCUGAUAAACGCCGAGGCUGAAAUCGAGAGGCGAACCCAGGGAAAGAGGAGCGAUUUGUACUCGGGACUUUCCCCCUCUGAGCACCCCGAAAGGAGGGGGAAAAGUCGCAAUACUGUCAACGGAAAGGAAUGAGCUUCUAGGGGCGUAAAAACGUCCGCAACCGUGGAGACUUUAUAUAUUUUUAUUUCGAUAAAAUAUGGCCGAGAACGUUCUGGACUCUGGCCCGCCUUCAGCCAAGAGGCCUAAACUCUCCUCUCCGGCACUUUCCGCCUCCGCCAGCGACGAUUAUGGUUCACUGUUCGAGUUGGAGCAUGACCUCCCAGAUGAGCUCAUCAUCCCUUCUGAACCAGGUUUGGUCAAUGGUGGGGACCUCAACCAGUUGCAACUGCACACCAGUUUGGGAGGAGGACCCGCAGGAUUGGGUGCUGGAGGUGGUAAUGGAGCAGCAGGAGGACUAGGUCUUGGACUUGGUCCUGGGAGUGUUGGUGGAGGUCAAGAUGCUGUGGCCAAGCAUAAACAGCUGUCCGAACUUUUGCGAACAGGGCCAACCACCUCAAGUCAACAAGGGCAUCGGGGAACCAUGGGCAACCCCGGGGGCGCUGCAGCCAUGGGCCAACAUUUGGCCAAUAUGAAGGCAUCUUCAGGUCAAGGGCCUCAGCAAAUGAUGAGCCCGGGACAGCAGCACCUCUCCCCUCAGCAGCAGGCCAGCAUCAUGCAACAACAGAGUGGAAUGAUGGGUAACAGGGCCAUGAUUGGUGUGCAGCAGAAAGCCAAUAAUGGACAGCAGCAGCCAGGGAUGAUGGGGAACCAGGUGAUGAAUGGCUCCCCUAGGAUGGCCUUUGGUAAUCAGGGGAUUGCUGGAGGUAGCAACCUGUUGGGUGACACUCUGCAGCAGCAAGGAGCUGGUGGGCAAGUUGGAGCAAGAGGCCAACAACACGGAGCAAUGAACAAGCCCGGAAUGAUGGGAAACCCAGGGGGCUCUUUCGGAGGUUCAUAUGGAGGUCAGGGGAAUCAAGGCCUGGGAGUUGCCGGUCUGGGUCCUCAACUCCAGAACAAAGGUCCCAUGGCCAACAGCCUGGCUCAGUUCAACGUGGACAAGAAGAACCAGCCAAUGCAGGGAAUGGGUGCAAUGGGUACUCAGCAGUCACAGACAGGUGUGGGCGGUCCUGCAGGUGCACCUGUGGGCGCAGCUCCGGGAAUGGUGCCCAGUGCUCCGGCUGGUCUGGUGGGAUACAGCCCUCAAGGCUCUGCUGCAUCUGCUGCAACUGGAGCUCCACCGACGGCCGACCCAGAGAAGCGCAAGCUAAUUCAGCAGCAACUGGUGCUCUUACUUCACGCACACAAGUGCCAGCGGCGGGAGCAGGCCAAUGGAGAAGUAAGGCAGUGCAACCUGCCCCACUGUCGAACCAUGAAGAAUGUCCUCAACCACAUGACUCACUGCCAGGCAGGCAAGUCCUGCCAAGUGGCUCACUGUGCGUCAUCAAGGCAGAUCAUCUCUCACUGGAAAAACUGCACGAGACAUGACUGUCCAGUUUGCCUCCCACUGAAGAAUGCAGGAGACAAGAGGAACCCGCAGUGUGAGUCUUUGCUUGGUACAGCUGGUACAGGACUUGGAAGUUCUCUCGGGACAGUCCCUGGCAGCCAACAGAGUGCUCCAAGCCUCAAUCCCCCGAGCCAGAUUGACCCCAGUUCAAUAGAAAGAGCCUAUGCUGCCUUGGGACUCACAUACCAGGGGAAUCAGAUCCAGUCCCAGACGACCCAGCCCAACAUGCCCAACCAGGGACAGGCUGGCAUGAGGCCUCUGAACCCAAUCGGUGUGAAUCCUAUGGGAGUCAAUGGAGGUGUGGGUGCUACCCAUCAGAACCAACAAGCCAGUUUACUGCAGGACACUAUGAUGCAUCUCAAUGUCAGCAACCAAAGUCUGCUAAAUGAUGCUGGUGGAGUUGGAUCCAUGCCAACAGCAGCCCCGCCUUCUGCCACAGGCAAAAAGAAACUCUGGCAUGAGGACAUCACGCAGGACCUUCGAAACCACUUGGUGCACAAGCUUGUCCAGGCCAUCUUUCCUACUCCAGAUCCUGCAGCUCUUAAGGAUCGUCGAAUGGAGAACCUGGUGGCCUACGCACGAAAAGUUGAAGGAGACAUGUAUGAGUCGGCCAGCAGCAGAGCUGAGUAUUAUCACUUGUUAGCAGAGAAGAUCUAUAAGAUCCAGAAAGAACUGGAGGAGAAAAGAAGAACCCGGAUGCAGAGACAGGGUCUAAGUCUUGGGCCUACUGGCAUGGGUCAGCCCCCAUCUGGACUGCCUUCAAAUGGUCCGCUCCCUGAUCCGUCCAUGGUGCGGCCCCCUGGACCUAAUCAGAUGGCUAACAGAAUGCAGGGCCCAGGCAUGAAUCAGUUCAAUCAGAUGGGAAUGCAGUCUAUGGCUCAGAGAUCCACACCUCCUCUCCCCAUGGGAACACCCCCCAACCAGAUUGGAAUGGUUGGACCUAGAGUGGGACAGCCCAAUGUCAGCCAACUACAGAACCAGUAUCUUUCACAUGGACAGUUCCCUGGUUCAGGACCUGGAGUUGGAGCCGCUCAGACUGGGAUGGUCUUGUCUGGAGCCCAAGGAGGCAUGACCCAGACGCAGAUGGGAACCCCUCCUCUCCCAGUUGCCAGUCCUCUAGCACAGCCAGGUUCAGGUAGUGGUCCCACUGGGGUCUCUGCAGGGGGACCCAUGGGUCCCCAGAGUGUAGGUGGUGGAGGCCUCAACUCAUCUGUUGGAGCCCCUGCUUCCUCUGUGACUCUGUCCAACCAAAACCAGCAAGCUAACUCCAUUCCCCUGUUGGGAGCCAUGCGUGGCAGCUCACCCUCCCCAGCUCACAGCCGAUCCCCCACUCCCCACCAAACCCCUCCAAGACUAGCUGGUUCUCAAACACCUCAACCACAUACCCCUAAUGCACCAUUGGCCCCACCCUUAGCACUUCAGCAGAACCACCUUGGCCAGGGCCCCGGCUCCAACAAGCCCCUACAGCAGCAACACAUGGGUCCCUCUGCUUCCACCACUCCGUCUCACCCUGGCCUGACCUCCAGCUCAACUCUGCCUGCUGGCCAGAUGCCACGGACUCCACUGUCUCAGAAGGGCUCGUACCCAGCAGAAAGUCAGGCCCAAACUCCAGCCUCCGUCAGCAGUCUGGACACUUCAUCUCAGCAGCCACAGUCCAAUGCCUCCGCUGCUAACCUUGAGCCCAAGGUAGAAGUCAAACACCAGGAUGAGGAGGAAGAGGGCGAUGCCGACAGCUGCUCCAAAGGAGGGAAGCUCAGCAAUCACAAAACGGAGGAAAAGUGCGUGAAAUUGGAAGUGAAGAAGGAAGAGUGUUAUGGAGAAGGAGGUAAAGGAGUUCCUAUGGAUACAUCAACAGCUGCGCCAACAUCAGAGGUAAAAACUGAGGACAGGAAACCAGAAGUGAAGAAGGAGGUGAAGGAGGAAGAGGAGAGUUCAGAGGCAGCUGCUCCUCAGGCCUCUUUGAAAAAGAAAAUCUUCAAGCCCGAGGAGCUGCGUCAGGCCCUCAUGCCCACCCUGGAGUCUCUCUACAGACAGGACCCAGAGUCUCUACCCUUCAGGAUGCCUGUGGACCCCCAGCUGCUCUGUAUUCCUGACUAUUUUGACAUCGUGAAGAACCCAAUGGACCUAUCAACAAUCAAACGAAAGCUGGAUACAGGUCAGUACCAAGACCCGUGGCAGUAUGUUGAUGACAUCUGGCUGAUGUUCAAUAACGCUUGGCUGUACAAUCGUAAAACAUCACGAGUCUACAAGUUCUGCUCCAAACUCGCUGAAGUUUUUGAGCAGGAGAUUGACCCAGUGAUGCAGAGCCUCGGCUACUGUUGUGGGAGGAAGCUGGAGUUCUCUCCUCAGACUCUGUGCUGCUAUGGAAAGCAGCUGUGCACGAUUCCCAGAGAUGCCGUGUACUUCAGUUACCAGAACAGGUACCACUACUGUGAGAAGUGUUUCAACGAGAUCCAGGGAGAGACUGUUUCCUUAGGCGAUGACCCCACCCAGCCUCAGACGUCAAUUAACAAGGAUCAGUUUGAGAAGAAGAAAAACGACACACUUGACCCUGAGCUGUUUGUUGAAUGUUCGGACUGCGGGCGCAGGAUGCAUCAGAUCUGUGUUUUGCACCAUGAAACUAUCUGGCCAUCAGGUUUUAGAUGUGAUGGCUGCUUAAAGAAGGCAAAUAAGGCAAGGAAGGAGAACAAGUAUUCUGCCAAAAGGUUGCCUCAGACCAAGUUGGGCUGUUUUCUCGAGACAAGAGUGAACGAUUUCUUGAAGCGCCAGGCCCAUCCUGAAGCCGGGGAGGUCUUCAUUCGAGUUGUGCACGUCUCUGAUAAAGUGGUGGAAGUGAAACCAGGCAUGAAGUCCAGAUUUGUGGACAGUGGCGAGAUGUCAGAAUCUUUCCCAUACAGAACAAAAGCUCUGUUUGCGUUUGAAGACAUUGACGGUGUUGAUGUCUGCUUCUUUGGUAUGCACGUUCAGGAGUACGGAUCUGACUGCCCUCAGCCCAACCAGAGGUAAGGAAAUCAUAGUACAAAGGCUGUUCUAACAAACGUGUUUACCCACUCUUUUAAUAUAUUUCUUCUAAGAUGAAAAAUAAAUAUAGUGCAUA